GAAAAUAUCAGAAUUUUCGGAGGAAAAUGAUGUUAAAUUAUUGUUAAAAACAAAAGAAAAUAGAAAAUACUAUUUUUCUGAAAGAAAAUGACAGAAAAAACGGAAAAAGACAAGAAUUGGAAAAUAUCAAAGAAAACAAAGACUGGUUCAAUAAGCACGACAGAUGGAACGUCAGAUAUUUUGGACAUCGUUCAACCUCCACUCAUCGGCAGAGGUUUUUGCAGAGAUGAACCAUUAUCACAAACAGGAAAAAGGUUACAGUUAAUCAAAAUGUUGUGUUUGACUGUACUACCUAUCUUAGGGUUAUGGGGAUACACAGUAUAUACUCUGGCAGAUAGUAUAAACAGCAGAGAAGAAAAUAACAAGCAACGUUCUUCUGUAUACUAUAGUAUCGAUGUGGGUCAACUGGUACAUCGUUUACAAGUCGAAAGGGAUAUGAGUGUAUUGUAUCUAAGUGCCCUGGGACCAGAAACACGGACAUUCCUGUUAGCAGAAUACUUCAAUACGGAUAGAACUAUUGAUCGGUUGUCGUACUGGCCCGGUGAUCUCGACAAGGCCAAUGGUGCUAUGUUCUUGUCGAAAUCGAGUUUUCAAGACUAUCUUGCAGGGCAUCGACAAAUUUUGAGUCCAGACAGAUUUUCAAUUCAAGAUGAAAUUGAUUUUUACUCCAGAAUCAUUGAUACAACAAUUUAUUGGUUAUACAAUACAAUUACGGAAUCUAAAUUUUCUCUGGUCUGGAAAAUUCUCGUCGCGUAUCAAAAACUUGCAAGUGCAAAGGAAAAUGUUGGUGUUGAAAGAGCUCUUGGUACCAUGUUUUAUUCUCAAGGUGGAUUUGAAUCACAUUCUUAUUUCGAAAUGUAUAACAAAAAAUUGCACAGCUUUCGGGCUCAUAUGAAAACCGCAGGCAUGUACUCCGAAUUUGUUGGUCAAAUAUACAAUGUAGGUCUUCAAAAUACUGGGACUAAUAUUACUUCCAUCAUCGAAGCUUUCAGGAAAGAGAUUCAAACAUCCGUUGAAAAUACAACCGUUCUUGACAUGCGUAAAUCUAGAUAUUGGUUUGAUAACAUGACCAUAUACCUCGAUACUUUGCUAGAUAUCCAAACUCAGAUGGCACAGAAAGUUAUCAGUAUUCUAGAUUUGGCUAUAGAUAAUUUAACAACUGACUUGGCUGUUAACGCCGUUUUACUGGUUGUUGUUAUUUUGAUGUGUCCUUUGGUUAUCAUGGCAACUGAAAGUUUGACCAGUAGUAUUCAGAUAUAUGCCUUAACGCUUGUUGACAAAACAAAAGAAUUGACUAAUGAAAAAGAACGUACAGAUGGACUGUUAUAUCAAAUGGUACCGAAACAAGUUGCAAAUCGGCUUAAGCGGCAAAAGAAAGUAGAGGCAGAAUAUUUCAAGACAGUGACUAUAUGUUUUUCUGAUGUCCAUGGAUUUGAUCGUAUAACAGUAGAGCUUACACCCAUGGAAAUAGUUAAACUUCUUAACUCCCUCCAUAGUACAGUUGAUAAUAUCUUGGAUGAUUUUGAUGCGUAUAAAGUAGAAACAAUUAAUGAUUGCUACAUGGUAGCUUCAGGUUUACCUCAACGAAACAAGGAUCGCCAUGCAUCAGAAAUUGCUAACUUUGCACUAAAAAUGCUUAACACUGUAUCAGAGAUGAAGUUUUGCAGUGGACACCGGUCAAUUGAACUCAGAAUUGGAAUAAAUUCUGGUCCUUGUAUGGCAGGUAUUGUGGGAUCAAUGAUGCCAAGAUAUUGUCUGUUUGGAGACACAGUUAACACAGCAUCAAGAAUGAAGGCUUAUAGCAGUCCCAACAAGAUUCACAUUAGUACUUCAACAUACUUACUACUAAGUAAACUAAAGAAAUUUCAAAUGAAGAAGCGGGGAAGUGUUUCUGUUAAGGGAAAGGGUAACAUGAUAACAUAUUGGCUUGUGAAGAGCACAGAUAGUUCUGACUCUAAAGAUGUUGAUCUCUGCUCUGAUGAUGACUCAUGUAAGCAGGAUAAUGAGAGCGGUGAAGAAGCCGAACUUCCAGGAGAAAUAACAACAGUAGAGGACCCCCUGUAUAGUGCCUCCCUUAAUUAUCCCAUGCCAGGCAGACAUACUAAAUGCUCCAAUAAAGAUGAAGGUAAAAACAUGGCAAGAGUGGCUCCUACAGUAUCAGAAAAGGGAAAGAGGGUUUCACCUAAAAUGAAAGAAGAAGAAGACGACGACGAUGACGACGAUGAAGACGAUAAAGAUGACGACAAAGAUUAAAGUUGUGUAUUUAGUAUUAUUUAGAGUUGUAUCCAUCCAUCUUAUUAUCUUUAUUAUCAUAUUUUUUCUCUUAUCGUCAAUGUCUUAAUUGCUCAUCAAUCAACAGAGGUGAACAUAUGGAUUUUAUUAUUUCAGUAAUGGUUUUGGUUACGAAUCGAUUCUUAUAUUUUUGUUUCUUCGUAUUUCUCCACAAUGGAGGCAAUAAUCUUGAUUUCAAUUGCAUUAGAUGGAACACUACUAUUUCUCAGCCCAUGCAUACAGAUUGCAUAUGUGACAUUGAACUGUUUUGCAAGAAGAGUGAAAAGUAUAAUACUGUUAAAUAGAUCAAGAUUAAAUUUGAUAAUGAGUAUGAUAUAGUAGUCGUUUGUAAGGUUUUAAGAAACACUGAAAUAAUUGUCAGCUUUGAGUUACUUACAUAUAUGGUACAAUACACAUGAUAUCUUGG